UCCAUUUUACUCAAAAAGAAUAUAUCCUUUUAUACCUUGGUUUUCAAUUGUAUUGCACUUUAACACAUAACGUGGAGGCACAAAUCUACUAAAUAGUAAAAUGGGGGAUUAUUUCCACUGCUCAUCUGCUGGCAGAGAUUUCUCUAAAUUGGAUUACACUGAUUAGUAUUGGAAUGACGUAUUGUAGAUCCAGCUUUAAUCAUUUGAAACUUUGAAGCUGUUUCUCCUUUGAGUGGAAGGGGGCAUCAGAAAUAGUUGCACAUGCUAUUUACCAAUAAUCUUCUUUUCCUUUAUGUGAAAUUUGUUACUUUUGCUCCUCAGCAAAUUUGCUGACAUCUCUCCAAUUUGAGGCUGGGCAAGAUGGAAGGGCCAAGCAAUGGCUCAGUCAGAGCUAAGCCAUUCGAAAUCUUCAAGGCCUGAAUGGUGUCAUUCCCUUUUCCCCAAAAAAGGAUUAAUUCUCUAGGGUCUUGGUGCAUCUCGCAUUGCUAAGAUGGCUGUGAUGAAAGUCAAGUUCAACCAGAAGAAAAGGGUAAAACUAGCGCAAGGACUAUGGCUCAUGAAUUGGUUUUCAAUGUUUGCAGGGAUCAUUGUUUUCGCUAUGGGAUUGUUCCUGAAAAUUGAGCUCAGAAAGCGAAGUGAAGUGAUGGACAAUUCUGAAAGCCACUUUGUGCCGAAUUCCUUGAUAUUGGUGGGUCUACUAGCCUGUGUAUUCAAUGCUUUUGCGGGCAAGAUAUGCUAUGAUUCUCUGGAUCCUGCUAAAUUUGCGAAGUGGAAGCCCCUUGUGAAACUUUACCUAGUUUUGUGUUUGUUUUUUAACGUCUUCAUUUUUUUCGUGGCUCUUACUUGCUUUCUGAUGAGGGGCUCUCUGGAAACUACGCUAGCAAAUGGGCUCAAAAAUGGUAUGAAGUUCUAUCGAGAUACAGAUACACCCGGAAGAUGCUUCAUGAAGAAGACCAUUGAUAUGCUCCAGAUUGAGUUCAAAUGCUGUGGAAACAAUGGUUUUAGAGACUGGUUUGAAAUUCAGUGGAUCAGCAACCGAUACUUGGAUUUUGGCUCCAAGGAAGUGAAAGAUCGCAUUAAAAGCAAUGUGGAUGGCAGAUACUUGGUGGAUGGCGUUCCCUUCAGCUGCUGCAAUCCAAGCUCCCCACGGCCGUGCAUCCAGUACCAGGUCUCGAAUAACUCAGCGCACUACAGCUAUGACUUUCAAACAGAAGAGCUCAAUCUGUGGAACCGUGGCUGCAGGGAGGCUCUGCUUAAGUACUACAGCGGCAUGAUGAGUUCCAUGGGGGUUGUCGUCCUUCUUGUCUGGCUUUUUGAGAUGUCGGUCAUGAUAGGGUUGCGGCUCUUGCAUACCUCCCUGGAGAGCAUCACCAAUCCAGAAGAUCCUGAAUGCGAGAGUGAAGGGUGGGUGCUGGAGAAGAGCUUCAAAGACACUUUCAAAUCCACUUUGGAAAAUUUGAAAAGUAUUGGUAAGUUGAAUCAAGUGGAUGCCAGUGCCGAAGGUACGGAAGGUGAAGGCGCAAAAACCCAAGCUGUCUCAACUGUCAGUUGAGUUUCUUGACUUACAAGACUGUUACCAAAAGACUAAGAAUUGUGAAUAUUCACUUUUUAAAAAGGUGUAAGCCAGCAGAGCGAUACACUUGGAUUUAUAUACACAAAACACUCACUUUUGUACAUAUGGUGACUACAGUAUAGUGCCCACUGGGUUAAUACAGGCAUCCUCACAGCAGACGCACGAGGUAGCCAUUGGCUUCUAAGGGACAUGGCUAUAACAUGAUGCUUUUA